GUAAGGAGCCGAAAGAAGAAAACGAACGGCGUUGAUAAAAGAGAGCUUCGCAUCUCAAUCGUCUCCUUUCAUCUCUCUUCUCCAGCGUCCGAUCGAUCUCUCCAUCUUCAUCCAGCGACUCGCGCCCAAAUCUUUCUCCAACUUUACGAAUUUUUCUCUCUCCAUCAACUGGGUUUUGCUUUCCCGAUGGCGGAUGUUCCGGUGAGUCCAGGCGGCGGGAGUCAUGAGAGCGGCGAAUUAAGCCCGAGGUCAUCGAAUGUCCGGGAACAGGACAGGUUCUUGCCUAUUGCGAAUAUCAGUCGAAUCAUGAAGAAGGCGUUACCGGCUAAUGCGAAAAUGGCGAAGGAUGCGAAGGAGAUUGUCCAGGAAGCUGUUUCUGAGUUCAUCAGCUUUAUCACUAGCGAGGCGAGUGAUAAGUGUCAAAAGGAGAAGAGGAAAACCAUCAAUGGUGAUGAUCUUCUUUGGGCAAUGGCUACUCUAGGGUUUGAAGAUUAUAUCGAGCCUCUUAAGUUAUACUUGAUUAGAUACAAAGAGGUAUUUUUAGCUUCUGUGUAACAUAUUUUUGUGGAUUCAAUUUCAUUAGUCACUGAUGAAUUUGUGUUUCUGUUUCUUUAUGCUCUUGAACGGAUUGUUGUGACAGAUGGAGGGUGACACCAAGGGAUCUUCAAAAGGGAGAGAUGGGGUGCAACCUGAUCAUGAUCAUAAUGCACAGCUUGCUCAUCAAAGUCCAUAUUUGGAUGAUCUAGAUUAUGGAAACUCACAGAUGCAGAGUCAGCAUAUGAUGGUUCCGAUGCAAGGCAGAGAUUAAUUAGCAUUUCCUAUAAUGAAAAUUGUUCGAUGGAUUUUAAAGAGAUUUUUUUUUUAGAAAAAAAAACUUUUUUGUGGUUUCUUGAAAUUAUCUGUUGUAUUUCACAAAUGAAUUGGUGGAAGAAACGCGUAUUUGAACCCGAAUAUUGGAUACAUUCCAUUGUUUCAAUGCCAACGCAAGCAUUUGUUUGAUGUACAAAAUAUAAA